CUUCGGCAUGGAGUGCCUGCGCACCUGGAUUGAGUCCGACAACGACAAUGCGAACACAUGUCCGACGUGCCGCGGUCUGCUGUUCGGUCAGCGCGCGGAGGAAGAAGACCAGCUUGAGCUGGAUGCUGAUAUGGGAUGGGAUUAUGGUGGGUAUGGAGUUGUGGAGGUGGUCGACGAGUCUGA